ACACAGAGAGCCAGAGACGAGAUUGCAAGGAAGGAGAUGAGUGAUAAUCAUAAGGAAGGACGCAAGGAUGCAAAGGAAUCAUCAGAGACAGAAGAAAAUGUGGAAGAGCAGCAGUUGUUUAUAAAGGAUUCUGCUGCUGCUGAUGAUGAUCAUCAUCGUGAUAUAGAAAACCCACACAUUCCUUUGCUUGCCUCAUUGAGAAAGAAACUUGACCCGUUGUCUCCUCUCUCUAGUCACUACUCCAUCUAUAAGGUCCCUCGGCGUCUCCUUGUCAAGAAACCAUCUGCCUACGCUCCGAGUUUUGUCUCCAUAGGCCCGAUGCACCACGGAAGAAAGGACCUUGAAGCCAUGGAAGAAUACAAGCAGAGGUUCUUCGCACGUUUCCUUCAAAGGGCGCAGCUCAGUUUGGAGGAGUAUCUUGUGUUCGUCAAGGAAAGAGAAGAGAAAUUGCGGAGUUACUAUGCGGACACUAUCCUGCUUGAGAGUGAUAAGCUCGUGGAGAUUGUGAUGGUCGAUGCAGCAUUUAUAGUCCUGCUCUUAGUGAUCUUCGCAGGAGGAGAGAUGGCAGAAUGUUGCAGGAUCUUUAAUAGGCCCUACUAUAUGUCGAACAUUAUGGAAGAUAUGUUCUUACUCGAAAACCAGCUCCCGUUGUUCAUUCUCGAAGAUCUUUUUGCUAAAGUCGAAAUCCAAAUCGACUCUUUAUCAGAGGAAGAAGCAGAUGAAGGGGUAAAAGGACAAGAAGACGUGGAAGAAACGAAAGGAGGAGGAGGAGGAGAUUUAUUUUUCACAGAACUCGUGUGCCACUUCGUCAACUUAAGAGGAGAUAUCGGAACUAAAGGAUAUGAUCCAAUAAAGGUUAAAAACCGUAAGAUAGAGCAUUUUCUGGACUGCCUCUGGGCUUGUCACCUAUCAUCCAAGAAGGAUUCACCAGUAAAGAAGGAACUACAAAUUCCAUCACGCAUCCCCACUGCCACUGAACUGCAUCAAGCUGGAGUAAGAUUUGCAAAACACUCGAGUACCCAUCUCCUCGAUAUCGAGUUCAAAGACGGGGUGCUAUCGAUCCCCCACAUGUUCAUGGGUGAUUACACCGAAACUAUUUACAGAAACCUGCUCGCUUUUGAGCAGUGCCAUUACCUUGAUGACUCUUGGUUUACAGCUUAUUUCAGUUUCAUGGAUCAGCUCAUCGACACCCCCAAGGACAUAGACCUGCUGGUCGAGUGCGGGAUUAUUGAGAAUACCCUUGGUGACAGUCUGCAGGCAGCGAACAUUUUUAACAGCCUGGCACAGGGUCUUCUUAUGACAGGUGAAUCUCAUUACGCUCAUCUCCGCAAACAGCUGCUGACAUACUACAAAGUGCCAUGGCACAAGUGGAAAGCGGCGCUGAGGCAAAACUACUUCAACACUCCGUGGGCGGGCAUUUCCGUGAUCGCAGCUGUGAUCCUUCUCCUGCUCACUGUUGUACAGACAGUAUUUUCUGUAAUCUCUUAAGUUUGCUUCGAAAUUAAUUUCAUCAAUGACAAUUUGAAUCCUUCAUCAAAUUAAUCGAAUGAUUUUCCCCUUC